AUGCGUAUCCUGCGCCAGGUUGCCGGAAUCUUUAGCCACUGGCUGCAGCACCGCUACCCUAUGGUGGCUCUCGGCUGCUUUGCUACUAUCCUGGUCACCUUCGUCCUGAAGAUAUGCUUGGCCACUGAACGCGAUCUCAUUUUCUGGCGCGACAUUCUCAUCGCCAUCUUCGAGGACGCCAUCCUGCUGCCGGUGGUGGUCCUUAGCUUCUCUGUGGCCUGGAAAAUCUUCCUGGUGGCCUCGUUCCUGGCCUUCAAUUGUUUCCCUCACAAUUGGGUAAAGACUCGCAUGGACGAGCGCCGUCGCAUGCAGUUUGCCGACUUCAUUGUCCGUCGGUUGCUCCUUCAACUGGAGCUGACCAGCCGGCGACUGCCCCUGUCCGAAGCGGAUGUGGAUCUAUCCGAUCCCUUCGUCCGGCAGAGCUACGAACGUGCCCGGGAAGCCGGCUAUCGGGCGGUGGAGAUCUUUCGGCGAGAUGCCAAGGCUGUCCUGGAGAAGAAAUCUCCCGACUCCAGUGCCUUGGAGGGUCCGCAUUAUUUCGUCCUUGAGGAGGAGCAGCGGGCCCUGCAGCGUCAUGGCUAUGGUUCCAUUAAUCUUCGUGUUACAGAAAGUGUGCUGCAGCAGAUACUGAGUCCUUUAGAAUGUGGCUACUGCGACAUUUUGGCCAAAAAAUCAAAGUUACUGUAA